AUGAGGGAAGUUAUAAGCAUACACGUUGGACAGGCCGGUAUACAAGUUGGAAAUGCUUGCUGGGAGCUCUUUUGUCUCGAGCAUGGAAUCCUUCCAGAUGGACACAUGCCUGAGGAUAAAUCGUUGCAAGAUGACGAUGCCUUUGCAACGUUUUUCUCGGAAACUGGAUCAGGAAAGCAUGAUCUUCAGAAAGGCGCCAUGUUUAUGGCAGGUCUGACUCUGUUGCAGUCUCUCCGUGUGGCGUUAACUGGAGCAAAGUUUGCACUUGACAGAUUUAAAAUUCCGCAACAGCAUGCCAGUUCGUUCAUUAACAUGGUCCAUAAUCCUAUGGAACUGGCAACGUUUACUGGGAUGGCUAUCAUGACGAUUACAGCACUCAUUUGGAAGAGUGAAAAUGCCAAGAAAUGUUUUAAGUGGUUUGCCGCAUUUACAAAUGUGGCACUGUGCUGUUCCUUCAUCUUACUCCUCAUCGCAUUUAAAUCUGGAGGUCAAAUGGGCAAUCUCACCUUUUACUACUGGACUAUCGUCUUUGUCUCAUUCAUCUAUGGACUUAACGUGGCUUGUGUAAUGAAUGUGGGAAGUGACCAUGCUUCCUUCUUCAAUGUAGGAAUUCCUCUAUCUGGUAUUCAAGUUUCUGUCUACUACUACGUCUUUACUAAGUUGGCUGAGAGGUAUAACUGGUCGAACGUUAGUUAUAGGAUUAUAUACUGGCAGCUUGUUAUAGCAAUAGUAAUAUCAGCUGUCUCUGCCAUGGUAUGGAUUGCUGUUGCUUUUGUUAGUACUGGUAAUGGAGGUGGUAGUGCUGGUGGAGGUAGUCUUAGUGAACUUGGCAAGGCCAUAUCUCCAAUUCUCAUGGGUGUAGUUGGCAUGGGUGGCAUAUAUGCCUUCUACCCGGCCAUUGCUCCUUAUAAACUGACUGAUGUUGGUACUGGAUAUACUAUUGACCUGGUGGUUUUAUUUGUUAGUGCAGUACCUGGUAUUUUAAUUGUCAUUUUCUGCCUCAACACAAAAGGUCCAGAUCAACCAUGGAAAGAUAGUGCUACUAAGUGGUGGCAUUUUACUUGGCUGUUAGCAAUUCCACAUAUUACUGCUAUGAUCCUAUGUUUGUGCGCACUUCAUUACCCUGGUAGUAGAGUAGCAAGUUCUAUAAAGAGUAGUGGAGCACUAGUUGGACUCAUUACUGUGACAUUAAAGUUUUGUGAGGAAGGGUUAAAGGCUGUGUCUUAUGCCGGAGGCGGUAAACAAGAUGGUGGUAAUGUCUCUUCUUUUAAUGCCUUCUUAUCCCAAGGUUUAAUGAUUAUCUUGGCUUUUACUGGAGAUGGUUACCUUAAGACUUACUCCAAGUAUGAACAUGAUAGGAGCAAAUGGCCUACUAAAGAUUUUGGAACGCUUAGGUCUAUCUGCUACUGGAUAGGGAGUGGAGUAUCGGAGGCAUGUAAGAGUGUUAAGUCAUCCUUUACUACUAAUGUCAGAUGCAAAGUUUUGGGUAAAUCAGAGGCCUUACUCAUUGUCUAUGAAGAUCAGGAAUUUUAG